CAUUCAGUAGGUGAUAUUGCGAACACUUCUGCUACAAUGUAAUGUUUCGGGUAACUAAUAACCUUUGCCUUCUUUAUGUUUAGGAAAGUUAUAAUUGAACUUCUUACCACGUACUUAGCAUCUAAGAUUGCUAGAAGUCAUACAUUUCAACGAUUUGUUAGACAAGGAAUUUCCCAAUUUGAUUUGAAAAAGUCUAAAUUUACUUAUGAAAUUCCCAAACAAAGCUAUAAAGAACAUUCGCCUCUCUCUACGGCUGCGGACCGUGCCAAACUUUUUAGUAAAUUAUUCGUGGAAUCAGCAAGGGAUUACUUUUUUGGGAAAAAAUAAAACGAAAGGAAGGAAUUCGCAUGGUACUGAACGAACCUAUACAUCUGUGGCACGAGCAAAGGUUGACUCUUAUGGUCAAAUUCAUACAGAAGAAUCUUAUGAACAGAUAGCACUACAAAAGCUUGCAAGGGAAAAGGUUGUGGACGAGCAUGGGUUUUUAAAUGAAAAAUCAUUGGAAAUGCAGGCUGAGCUACUUCAUCGACGUCCGACUCAUCUUCAAUAUUCGUCUCCUUACAAUCCUACAAAGUUUGCUUCUGUGUUAAUGCCCUUAAUUAAUUCUGAGCAUCGUGGCUGUCUACUGCUAACACAAAGAUCAACAUAUUUACGAUCUCAUGCAGGUCAAAUGUGUUUUCCAGGUGGUCGUGUGGAACCUUCUGACGGAUCACAUUACUAUACAGCCUUACGGGAGACUUAUGAGGAAAUCGACUUGCUUCCGAAUUUCUUUACUUAUAUAAACAGAAUCCCUCCGUUAUUAACGAAAGACCUGCAUACCAAAAUUCAUACUUAUGUUGCCUUUACGCUCCAAAAUAAUCUCCCUAGCCUUGGUUUUGGUGAAGUGGAAAAACUGUAUUGUAUUCCUUUGACCUCAUUUUUAAAUCCGAAUUACCAGAAGAUUGCGAAAUUUCGAAACACUAAUCUCGAAUACGUUGAAUUCAACAUCAAAGAUGUUCCUCGAAUUUGGGGUAUAACGGCAGUCAUUUUGAACAUGUACUUUCGCUCUCUUUGCCCUGAUUCUUUAAUACCUACUUCUAAUACACUUUUUGCAAUCUGUUAGCAUUUCACACUUCGUUGCCUACCUUAAGUUACUUCUCGAUAUUACCUUUACUUGACUAAUAAUUAAUUUCACUUUUUACGAAAGACUAAUGAAUUUUUGUUUUACCAUUAUUCACCUCACGCUUUCAUAAAUUAAUAAUAUAUUCAUUCCAUUCCAC